AUGACCUGGGUGGUCGCCGGCGGACGGUGUCCGUGGCAGGGCCUUGCGGAAGCGGCGACGGGGCUGGGACGGCACGAGGACGACGCCGACGAGCUCCACGGCCACGGCAGACGGCGGAACUGGACAGAUUCGAGGGCAGGGAGGCGGCUUGGCAACGCGGGACUUCGCGCUGGGGUCGUCCUCCUCGCGUGCGAUGACGAAGCAGAAGGGGACGGCGGCAGGGACUUGGCGCUGGGGUCGUCCUCCUCGCGUGCGAUGACGAAGCAGAAGGGGACGGCGGCAGGGACUUGGCGAAGGGAAGGAAGAGGUGGCACGACGGGGCGGCGCGGGGUCUCACCGGAGAGGCGGCGGCGACGAGGCAGAGCAGAGGCAAAUGACUUGGCGAAGCGGAGGCAGCAGCGGCGGAUGGAGCUUCUACUCCGGCGACGCGGCGGUGCAGGGAACGGAGGGAGUUGUCUUAACAGCGCGCUGCGCCACGACAAGACGCUGUUGGCUUCUCUCAGGCUCCUCGCCCUCCUGAACCCAACCUCAGCGUCCGAGCACGCCUGCCCGGCUGGGGCUUUCUUCCUCACUUCUACAAGGCCAAGGCCGCAGACCACAUCCACGGGGUUGCCCUGCGGAUGCAUAAGCCGUAGGAUCAUCACUGAUAUUGCCAGGGGCUUAUACUACCUUCACGAAGGGUGCAGGCAGCGAAUUGCUCAUCUAGAUAUUAAACCACAUAAUAUCCUCUUAGAUGAUAACUUCAAUGCCGAAGUUGCAGACUUUGGAUUAUCCAAACUGAUAGAUAGGGAAGAGAGUCGUGUGGUGACACGAAUGAGAGGAACACCUGGAUACAUGGCACCCGAAUGGCUGACACCAAAAAUCACCGAGAAGGUCGAUGUUUACAGUUUUGGUACCGUGGUCAUGGCAAUCUUAAGUGGAAGAAAGAACAUCGACUACUCUCAGCCUGAUGAGAGCGCUCAGCUCAUUAUGGUGCUACGAGAGAAGGCAAUGAAUUCUCAACUGGAAGAUAUGAUCGACAGGAAUGGCAAAGAUAUGCACUUCUGUAACAAGGAAGAAGUGAUUGAAAUCAUGAAGCUCGCAGUGUGGUGCUUGCAAAGUGACAGCAACAGAAGGCCUUCCAUGUCGGUGGUGGUGAAGUUCAUGGAAGGAGAAAGACGUGUGGAAUCAGACUUGAACUACAACUUCUUCGAUCUAAGCGCUAGGGUCGUUGUGCCAGUUGGUCAACCCAACUUCUCUGUCCUGCCUAAUGCAUCAGUGCUCUCUGCCCCCAGGUGAAAUCAGACAGACAAAUCUGUCAUACCAUAAUUUAUUAGUGUCAUCUUUUGUGUCUAUUAUGCGAACUAUGUUUCAAGUAUAGCAAUAUUGCACCACAGAAAUGUAUCAUAUAGAUGGAUGUAUUAAAUUUUCGGUCUUGCCAGUUAUGUAUUGAGCAGAGAGAUCUUCAAAUAUUUUCAUCAGCAAGUAAAGAGAUAUGUAGCCCCAAUUUGUCUGCAUACGUACAAAUUAUUCAUGGGUAUGCAAGAAGCAUGACGAUGCUUUUGAAAAACUUAUAUAAGUAAAAAUAUAGUUGUAGAACUUCAGAAAGCGUAGCCUUCUGUCAGUCCCUACGUCGUAGGCUGGCUCAUCUACUUGACUAGUCCGAGCUUAGAAUGUUCCUCUGAUGUGGCGCCGUUCGCUCCUCGUCACCUCGUCAAUUCUCAGUGCACAACACUAGCAGCAAAAGCAAAUAGCGGUAGGGGAGCCAUAAUGUGGUGGUGAGCCUGGUAAUGUCUUGGGCGCUAAUUGGUGGCAUGUAGUCUUCUCCUCUUACAACAAUAGAACAUAGUUUUUAAUGCCUUUACACAAUUAGUUGUGCUGAGACUGAGGUGACGACUCUCUGACCGGCUUACAAUUUAAUGCAUACUAAAAGAUUUUAAUAGUUUAAAGGAAUGAAUGAAUGACUGUAUACAUGUUCUAGUUGGUGAAUUGUGAACUUUUCCAGUGGUGACUAUAAACACAUUUGUGUUUGUGAACUUGUGAAACUUUGUGAAUGAGGCUGCCAUUUCUCACUUCUAAACCAUGGAGAAUCAUAUAGUUGUCUUGAAAAUUUCUUGACUGUUUUGUAAUUUCUCUAAAAUUUCUUGAGUGUUUUGUAUUCUCCAAAAUAUUUCUCUAAACAGAAUGUUUGUAAGUUUGUCUAAUUCAUCCAUGAAUGUGGCCGCCCUUUCUCGCUUCUGAACCAUGGUGAAUGGUGAAGGGUGAAUAUUUCUUGACUGUAUACUUGUCCUAAUUGGUGAAUGGUGAACUUCACAAGAGGCGACUGAUAAACACAUUUGUCUCUGUGAUACAACUCAUGGAUACACGCACAUGCACGCUUACACAACGGCCACUGAAAGCCUGACCCAGAGAUCUAGAGUAUAUUGUCUCUGUGACAACUCACAAACAAUUUAUAAUUCGAAUCUUGCUAUCCAGACCUUUUAUGGUUACACUGAAAGGAGCAAGAACUUGUUUGCCCUGACCUCGUAUCACCGGGAGCCAAGCAUGGCGAAUGGACAGCAUUUUGGGGUGUGUGGUCUGUCUGUGCGUAGAAAAAACAUGGGCAACUUGCAUUCAUAUACAUGUACAGUGCAUUGAGGCCGUUAGGUUUGAUGUAAUUUUGGGCCGAAUUAAAGAGCACCGUGGUUGCCUGCACGCGUGUACCUCUACUACACAACCUGACCAAACCCAACUCCUCGCACCAACUACGGCACCAGCGAACAAAAACUGAAUGGAUGCAGAGCAGAGGAACUGACGGGGGUGGAUUACCAGAGGCCGCGACGGGGCGGUGUUGACACCAGAUUUUGGCAUGGUCAAAAACACAAUUAAGAUGGCAUCAAAUGAAAAAGUGUUCAAAGCGAGAAAGUUCUGUAUCGUCAAAAGGAGAAACUUUGAUAUUUGGGCCAUAGCCAUCCGAUCUCAUCUCUAAGGCCAAAGUUGUGUUUAAGUACUUAGAUUUCGUAUUCAGAACACUAUUUGGCUGAUUACGCCCCCAAGACGGUCUUGUAUGGAAAAAUGAUCUACACAUAUUGUCUUCGCCUCGUCGAAACGAUCGAUUUUGAUAUAAAAACUAUUCCAAUCCGAGUUCAUAUGCAAAAGUUAGAUCCAUCCGAAUGCAGCUCUGUCAGAAGGCAAAAAAUGGCGCGCCCCACCAGACACCCUGUCUGAUGGGUAGCGCGUAUAAUAACCUGUUUUGCGCGAGCGAUUUGACCCUCAAGAUGACCUUUGACCAAAAAACGUUCAACAUAAAAGUUGUUCAUCUCGUCGAAACGGUCAAAAUUGCUUUUGGACUCGUUUCCAUCCGAGGUCGUUUCCCACCACAAAAAAGACCCGCAAUGUACAGCCAAUUUAAACCGGACAGUUUUGGAAAGUUCCGACAAAACCAAUCCGAAUUUGACUAGGGUUUUGGACGUGAAUCCGAGCCUUUUUCUU